UUGUCAACAUUUCAUUUGUCUAAUUUAAUUCUAGUAUAAUUGGCAGAAUUGUCUAAGGAGACAACAGCCAGCCUUUACAAAAAAUAGAAUAGAAUAGUAUUUUGGUAUGGGUUUAUUGUGUAUUAAUAAUUCUAAAGAUAAUCCCAUAAGGUUUCCCAUAACAAUUGUAUAUAUUUAAUUUCCUCCAAAAUGGAUUCUAAAUAUUCUGCUGUUGCUGGUGUAAAAGAUGCAAAAACAAAUAAUUUUAAAAGAAAAUUUGUCAACAUAAUAGAAAAUAACGUUAAAAAAGUUAAAUUAAGUCAGCCAGACUAUAAACUAAAUAAUGUACAUGGAACUAAUAAAAAUUAUAAGCAAACUAUUGUCAAAGAAAUAUGUCCAGUUAAUAUGCAGGAAGCGCGGAAAAGAUUACCUGUUUUAAUGGUUCGUUCAAGGUUAAUACAAGAGAUAAGGAAUAAUUUGACUAUGAUUUUGAUUGGAGAAACUGGUAGUGGGAAGACUACACAAGUUCCUCAAAUCAUUCAUGAAGCUAGACUAGAAGGAUUGGGCUCCAUAGCAGUAACGCAGCCUCGUAGAGUGGCCACUAUAACAAUAGCUCUGAGAGUUGCUGCUGAGAUGAAUACCGAAAUUGGUGGCUAUGUUGGGUAUUCUGUGAGAUUUGAAGAUGUUACUAGUCCAAAAACAAAAGUCAAAUAUUUAACAGAUGGGAUGUUAUUAAGGGAAGCUAUAAUGGAUCCUUUACUAAAGAAAUAUUCUGUUAUUAUACUUGAUGAAGCACAUGAACGCACUGUUAAUACUGAUAUUUUAUUUGGUAUAGUUAAAUUGGCACAAAAGGAAAGAAUUGUCAAAAAAUUAAGUGAAUUAAAGGUUAUUAUUAUGUCAGCGACUAUGGAUGUAGAUACAUUUCGGAAAUACUUUGAUAAUUGCCCAGUUAUCUACCUAGAGGGCAGAUCCUACCCGGUAACGAUAUACCAUUCUAAAAUGAAGCAAGAAGACUACCAGUAUGCUGCUCUGUGUACGAUAUUUCAACUUCACGCCACAUUACCCUCAGAGCAUGACUUUCUGGUAUUCCUAACAGGUCAAGAAGAAAUUGAAUCUGUGAUGUAUAAUAUUAAACAGAUUGCAAAAGAAGCUCCAGGGCCUUUAAUCAAAGUGUGUCCACUAUAUGCAGGCUUGCCAGCUGCCAAACAGCUGCAGGUUUGGAAAGAUCCGCCGCAGGGCACUCGCAAAGUAGUAUUGGCCACCAACAUCGCAGAGGCCUCUGUGACUAUACCUCGUAUAAAAUGCGUCAUCGAUACAGGUGUAGUCAAAGAAAGAACAUGGUGUACGCGCACGGGCGCGGAACGUUUGCGCGUGACGCGAUGUGCGGGCGCGGCGUGCUGGCAGCGGGCGGGGCGUGCGGGCCGCACCGCGCCAGGUGCCGCCUACCGCCUCUACACCGUCGCCGACCUGAAGGCGCGCCCCCCCCACAGCACGCCGGAGAUCGUCAGAUGUCCACUUGCGCCGACGAUACUACUAUUGAUUGCUGCAGGCAUGGAUCCAGUUACAUUUCCAUUGAUUGAUGCGCCGUCAUCCGAUUCAAUAGAAGCUUCCCUAGUCCUGUUGAAAGAAUUAGGUGCUAUUGACAGUGAGUCGAAUCCGAAACUUACUCCCAUUGGAAAGAAAAUGUCAGCAUUUCCUAUAGAUCCUAAAUAUUCUAAGAUUCUUCUGAGUGCGCCAGAGUACGGAUGCUUAGAAGAGGCCUUAAGCUUAGUAGCUGUGUUAUCAAGUGAAAAUGUUUUCCAUACUCCUAUGCACAAGAGAGAAGAAGCAUUGAAGGUCAAACAGAAAUUUAUAUCACCCUUGGGCGAUCACAUAACUCUAUUAAAUGUGUUCAAGGACUUUUGUAAGGCGCCUCUGAAAAAGCAAUGGUGUAAGGAGAACUAUCUUCAUCACAAGAAUCUUACGUACGCUUCUGAGAUACGACAUCAAUUGUUGUCCAUAUGUCAAAGGCUAAACUUGACCGUGUCCAGUUGCGGAAACGCUUUAGAUCAGCUGCUGAAAUGUUUGCUGUGCGGCCUAUUCACAAACUGCGCAUGGUUGCGUAGCGGUGCGGGCGGCGAAGGUAAAUCUAUAGGUGUCGGUCGUUACGUGACCGCGUCGGGGGCUGGGGCUAGUCUUCACCCCGCGGGGGCGCUGCAUACGGCCCGUCCUCUUCCCCCCGCUGUCUUAUAUACGGAGUUGUUACACACUCGCCGCCCCUACCUGCUCACCGUGUCCGCGAUACAGCCGCACUGGCUGCACCGAGCGGCGCCAGAGUACGCCCGACGCUGCCACGCCAGCCGGUGA